CUUACAAAUGCUCAGGUUGCUGAAAACAUGCUUCGAGGAAUGUGUACCGUUGCUUUUAGUUUAGCGUUAGUAUUACUAAAUGUAUCUGUUAAAGAAGUUUGUUGCUUUGGUAGCCAAGGCAAUUGUCUUCCCACUAGCAACAAAUGCACGGUUUCGGAUAUAAAGGACGCACGAUUUACAUACGAUGAAGACUCAUGUCAUGGUCCAGAAAACUGGUAUAAAGUACACAGUUGUUGGUACUUAUGUGAGGAAGACAGAGGAUCGAGACAGUCUCCAAUAGAUAUAGAAACAGAGGAAGCUACUACUGACAAGAGUCUUACGUUUAGUUUCUCAGAUGUGUGUACCAGAGUGGACGCCGAAUACAGAAACUGUGGCAGCGGACAUAGUCCUCACUUUGAAGUAAAGGGAAGCAACAACAAAAAAAUAUACUUAUCUGAUGUGCCUAAUACUCCACCGAACACGAAAUAUGUGUUAGACAAUGUCCACAUCCAUGUUGGUCAGGAGGAAGAUGAGGGAUCGGAGCACUCUAUCGAUGACACAUUUUGGCCAAUGGAGGCACACAUGGUUUUUUAUGACAGUAAAUUCCCCAGUCUUGGUUUAGCAAACUCUCUGGUAGCCAUGAUGGUGAUGAUAGAGAUUGACGGUUCCCCCGUGGCCCCUGACGUGGAGGCCACACAAGAUUGCGAUGUUCGGUUCGCUAGCCAUUUAGAUUUCUUGAUGAGAACACAUUUCGGCAAUUCUGAUGAAUAUUCAUUUUUCGAAGAUGACUCCGAUGACUGUACUUUCUAUGAUGAAGAAUGUGUAAAACCAAAAUGCGAAGGUGGUGAACACUUGAAAAUCUCGCCUAGUGACGUACUACCCAGUGAUUGGAGUUUCUAUUCGUACAGAGGCUCUCUGACGUCACCUGGAUGCAAUGAAAUCGUGGAGUGGAUUGCAUUAAAAUGUCCUAUCAAAGUCUCCAGUGUGGCUUUCAACGCCCUUAGGAACAUUCCUGUCAACGGGGGAAGUACGCUUCAAACCCACGGAACACGUCGCCCGAUUCAAAGCAACGAACUCCCAAUCCAGAAGAACUUUGACAAAGAAAAAACUAGACAGCAUCCGUGUCCAAAAUGAUACCGAAAUUCUAGCUUUCUGAAUAUUACAUUUUCUUAUAUCAAAAGUUUUCAUAUGGAUUCUUUCUACAGAUAAUAUAUGGUGGAUAUAAAGCAUUUGUACAAGAA